AUGAAUGACUUAUCUAAUGAAUCAAAGUCAACUGUUGAAUCAACAACAACAGAUGCCACCACAGAUACAAUAACUACAACUACAUUAUCACCGGAUGAACUUCGCCGUCGUCGUCUGGAAAAAUUUUCUACUGGAUCUACAUCAAAAUCACAAGCUUCAACUAGUUCUAAUGAUGCUAGUGAUAAACAACUAUCGACACAGUUAUCGAACGAACUUGCUACAUGUCAAAUUGGUUCGGAACAAACAACUUUAAAUGAUGAUACAAGUAUGGAUAUUGGAGACUUAGCUACAGUCGAUACGACGACAGCUAUUGGCGACCAAAGAUUAUUAAAAAGUCAACAUUCAACCGGUGAUAAACGUUCUUAUGAUAUUAAUUCAAAUAAUACACCAAAAGAGAUAAUACAAGACAAUCAACUUUAUGAUGAUGGAAAUAGAAAUGGAACGAUUAAAAAACGAAAAUCUGAGAAUCUAUUAAAUAAAGAACCAGAAGAGCCUAUUCUUCAACGUAUUAUUCGUCUAAUAUUGAAUAUCACUGAUCAAAAUCAAUUAUUUAUCAAUGAUAUUAUUGAAAUGUCUCUGAAACGUCGAUCAAAAUCAAUUUUAUCUGAUAUAUUUCUUCGAUGUCUUAUAGUAACACAAACUGAUCUAAUCAAGUCACUAAUAGGAAAUGACUCAAAUUAUUCCGAUCAAUAUGAUACUUAUCUUUGGUAUUUUUUAAAUAUUUAUGCACGUUGUGAUUAUAAAAGUUCCACGCAAGAAGAACGUGAUCUUAUUGAACAUUGUCGAUUAUUAUCUGUUCGAUAUACGCUUAUUUAUAUAGCAAAUAAUGGGAUAUUCCUUGAUUCUUGGAAUAGAACAAUUAAAUUACUUGAUAUUUUAUUAAUUGAUUCAUGUCCGGAAUGCUUACGCACAUCAUUUUUACAUGAAAUUGUGAAAAUAUCAUACAAUCAAGAACCUAAAAUGAAGGCUUGUGAAACACUAGUACGUUCAAUUCUUUACCGUCUUCGUCAAACAUAUUCACAAGCAAAUAUCUUUACAACUCUUUUAUCAUUACUUUCAACUUUAUGUGAAUCUCGUAAUGGAAAUGAUCGACCCGUUUGUACAUAUCUUGUGACAUUAAAUGAUUGGUUGCCAGAAGUAGCAUUACAUGAUGGGAAAAGUUUACAACGAAUGACACUCUUAUCGCCUAUUUUUUAUAUAUCAUGUUUUGCUGAAGAUGAUAUUGAUUUACUUGUUGCUCAACUUGAAAAAAUAAAUGAACAAGAACAAGAUGAUGAUAAUACUCCAGAUUUUUCUGAAUAUAAAGAAAAACAAAUUCGUUCAACAGUACAAAGUCAACUAUAUACAGCACGCAAGUUAAUGCAUAAAAUAGUACUUGCUUUUUUUUCAAAUAUAUCAUCACGAAAUGCAAUGUUGGAAUAUUUACAAAGAUAUAUUCAAUUUAAUAUUAAACGUACUCAUCUCACUGUCGAUGAGAGUCAAAUUAGUGGCGAUGGUUUUAUGCUGAAUCUGACGUUUGUUCUUCAACAACUUGCUUUACCAAUCGAUAUUGAACGAGUUGAUUUGAGUUAUCCAUACUAUGCAGAUGAUCGUUUAUCAAUUCCUAAAGAUCAAUCUCGAUUAUAUUCAACGCAAGAAGAAUUCAGAAUAUAUCAAGAAAAUAUCCAAAAACCAAAUGAAAUUCGAUUUCCAACUGAAUGUGUCUAUCUCGCAUUACAUAUAAGCCAUUUGGGCCUGGUUUCAACUGCUAAAAAACCACAACGACGUAAUAAUAUUAUUCGAGAAUUGAAUAGUGCAAUCAAAAAUCUUGAGCAAACGCAAGGAACAUGGCGACAAACACCAAUAGCUGCCCGACAUGAAGCUCAACUUGAAAGACUUAAAGCUGAAUUAAAGGUAAAAAUGCGAAAAAUAGGAAAUAAAAAUCAAUGUCACUGA